GAGAAAAAGUUGGGGGUCGGCCGUCUUGGCUGGAAUCUACCGAGAGUUGUGUACUUGCUCGAGGUUGGGAGCGAAACAAGCUGGUGGUGUGAUGUUCAUACUUCAGCUCUGGGCAUGGGAGCAUCUUCCGUUUCUCGCACCUCAAGACCCUCGGGAAUUCUGGUUGCCAGAUGAUGAGCUACGAUUUGUAGCAAAUCCCCCAUAUGGUUUCAAGUGGAUCGGA